AUGGCAGAGGCGCAGUCCAUGGAACUUGACAACAAGCCAGGCCGUGGGGGCGGGGGAUCCUGCUCGACGGGCCUAAGAGGAUCCGCUGGAAGCGCGCGUUUGGACGGAAAGCCUAAGGUAGAUUCAUUCCAUAACCGAGAUGGACUCAAAUUGAAGACCUAUUCCUGGCUAGUAAAGAACCCAAUAGGAGUUAUAUUCCUAGUCCAUGGACUGAACACAAACCUACGGUUAGAGUACAUGCGACACAACGUAGAUAUAGUGAGCCCAGAAAAGGCUAUUCUAAAAGAUGCAGAUAAUUACUACGUUUAUAAAGACAGCUGGAUUGAGCAUUUAAACAAAAAUGGAUAUUCCGUAUAUGGCAUGGAUCACCAGGGACAUGGACUGUCGGACGGCUGGAGGAAUUUAAAAACGCACGUGAAAAAAUUUGAUGAUAUGGUUUAUGACCUCAUACAGUAUAUUAAUAGAGUGCACGACCUUAUGUGUCUGCGCGGUCAGAAGGAUGAACUAAGUGGGGAAACGAGUAAGAGCAGUUCGUCGGCUUCUCCCAAGUCGAUCACUUCCCCUUCAUCCCCCACGUCUGCUCCAUCGCCCACUUCCCUAGCGCAGAGGAACAAUGUCUCAUCGUCCAUUCACAACAACCUGAAAAACACGAAAAUGCCACCCUUCUACAUAAUGGGUCUUUCCAUGGGAGGAAACAUAGUACUAAGGACACUAGAAAUUCUGGAGAAAUCCAAAGACCAUAACGCAAAACUGAACAUAAAAGGAUGUAUAUGUCUAGCCGGGAUGAUCUCCAUCGACGAAUUAGCCACCAAAGCUUCAUACAAAUAUUUCUACAUUCCUUUUGGGAAAUUUCUUGCCGCCGUUUUUCCAACCCUGAGGCUGACUCCAUCGUUGUACUUCAAAAAAUACCCAUAUGUUAAUCAGAUUUUUAAGUACGAUAAAAAUAGGUAUAAAAAACCCAUCACGUGCAAGUUAGGUUAUGAGCUUCUGAACGCCAUUGAAAACUUACAUAAUGACAUAGACCAUAUUCCAAAGGACACCCCUAUCCUUUUUGUCCAUUCCAAACAUGACAGUGCUUGUUUCUUCGGGGGCGCGGAAACAUUUUUUAAAAAAAUUAAUACAAACCUUAAGGAGCUACACGUACUGGACGAUAUGGACCACGUCCUCACCAUGGAGCCGGGCAACGAGCGCGUUCUGCAGAAGAGACAAACCACGAUGAGUAACACAAACAAAGGAGCCGGUAGGGGAUUCCAAAACAGGCCCGGGAACAGGCCAGCUAAUAGGGGUGAUAAUAGGGCGCCCAACCGGGGUACGAACCAGUCAACGAAUCAAUCGACGAAUCAGCCCGCCAAUAAGGCCCCGAAUCGGGCCCCAAACGGGGUAACAAGGGUGACCCAAAGUGAGACCACAAAGGUGAGCGCAAAAGAGAUUGAGAAGAUGACCUCAACGGAACCGAAUAAAAAAAUCCCGGUUCAGACCGGAAAGGCCACAAGUCAGCUAGCCAAGGGGACGCCUAAUAAGUUAGCCGAUAAGGUGGCAAAGGACCCCCCAAAUAUGCAUACAAACAAGACCACGGAUAAUAAUAAUAAAGUGGAGCAGAAUGACAUCCUGAAGACGGGGUCCUUCAAAAGUCGAGAUGGACUAGAGCUGAAGACAUACGAGUGGGUGGUGGACAAUCCAGUUGGAAUAAUAAUGCUAGUGCAUGCCCUAAACUGCCAUGUGAGAUUUGAGUACCUAAAGCAUAAUGCCAUCAUAGAGAGCAAGGAAAAGGCCACCCUUAUCGAUAAAAAUAAUUACUACCUUUAUAAAGGUAGCUGGAUAGAACAAUUUAAUAAAAAUGGCUACUCAGUCUACGGGUUAGACAUGAGAGGACAUGGAGAAUCCGGGUGCGUCAAAAAUGUGAAGACUCACAUAAAUAACUUUCAAGACUUAAUUCGCGACGUGGUGCAGUAUGCUAACAUUGUAUACGACUCAUUAUGCGAACCAGGGAAAAAGAACAACAAAAAAAAAGCAGCCAAUGGGGGUGUUAACACGUCUAACGAUGGGGAAUCCUCCGAUAAUGAGGAAACAUCACAGGGAACUCAUCCCUCUCCUGGUAACACUCCAUCCAGUAGGGGACAAACCCCAAGUACCGUGAACAGUAGCAGUAAGAAUGACGUCCCUCCAUUCUACUUCAUGGGUCUAUCAAUGGGAGGAAACAUCGUUUUAAGAAUAUUACAAUUGAGGGAAAAAAAAGGAGAUGAAUCCAUUAAACGUUUAAACAUAAAGGGAGUGAUUAGUCUAGCGGGCAUGAUUUCUCUAGACGACCUGAAGAAGAAGCCAGAAUAUAAAUACUUCUACAUACCUAUAGCGAAAAUUGCAGCCGCGCUUCUCCCCACCAUGAGACUGGGCCCUUACCUGAAGUUUGAGAUGUUCCCUUACAUUAAUGACCUGUUUAGCUUUGAUCCCCACUGUUACCCUAAGGCCAUAACGAACCGUUUCGGGAAUGAACUUCUAAAAGCAGUAGAUGCAUUACACAAGGAUAUGAAGUACAUUCCGGAAGACGUACAAAUAUUGUUUGUCCACUCUGUGCUCGAUAGCGCUUGUUCGUACACUGGAGUGUCCAAAUUUUUUAAUGCACUUAAAACGAAGAACAAGGAAUUGUUUACCAUUGAGGACAUGGACCACAUUCUUCCUCUGGAACCGGGGAAUGAGAGAAUCCUCAAGAAGGUUAUCGACUGGCUGGCUCAGUUGCAGUCCGUCAAAGCGUAA